AUGAACGAUAAUACUGUAAAAGCAAUCGCAAAUGUUCUUGUUCCUCAAAAUUAUCUUGCAUUAGCAAAUGAUGCUAGGCAGGAACGUGAUAAACAGAUCAAAAUCUUACUAGAACAGCGGAAGUUACCACGAUCAGGAUGGAGCGAACCUAUGAUAGAAUAUUUUAUAAGCGAAAUAGCUUUGAUGGACAGCAACAAUUUUCCAUCACGUUGCGGAGUUGGUGAACGAGAAGGGCGAAUUAUUUGUGGCCUUGUCCGCCAAAGACAUUACAACUUUGCUCAUGGUAUUGGUCGUUCCGGUAAUUUAACGGACGCACAGCCAAAAGCUGCCGGUUCAACGAUCAUGGCCAAUCUCACCAAUAGCCUGGUGCGAGAUUUAAUCCGCUCGGUAGGAAUCCCGACUUGUACCCAUGCACUAGUUGUACCCAUGGCAACGGGUAUGACAAUGAUGCUUACCUUACGAGCCGUCCAUACGGAAAGACCUUCGUCACGUUUCGUCUUGUGGUCGCGAGUGGAUCAGCAAUCUUGCAUCAAAAGCAUUCUUGCCGCUGGACUAACACCAAUUAUUAUCGACAGUCUUCUAGAGGAGGACAACCGAGAAAUCGAAUUAUGCGUCCCGCGGCAGACGUAUCCGUACGCAACUGACCUCCAUGGAUUUGCUAGCAAAAUAGAAGAGCUAGGUGCCACCCAAAUCUGUUGUAUACUCUCCACCACGAGCUGCUUUGCGCCACGCGGUAGCGACGAUAUUAUAGAGCUGGGCAAACUUUGUCAAACGUACAAUAUACCACACGUGGUGAACAACGCAUACGGUCUGCAGAGCUCGUAUUUGUGCCACCAGCUAAAUCAAGGCUCUCGAACGGGCAGAAUUGAUGCGUUUGUUCAGAGCACGGACAAAAAUCUACUAGUACCCGUCGGAGGUGCUAUAGUUGCGGGAUUUAACACCAGCACAGUGGAUGCAGUUGCUCGUAUGUAUCCUGGACGAGCUUCCGGUUCCCAGUCACUGGAUGUCUUGAUGACGCUUUUGAACCUCGGAGUAGAAGGAUAUAAGAAGCUAACCGUGGAACGUAAACAAACACACCAGUUACUGCUGGAUGGUUUAGCAAAGCUAGCAGAAUCCCAUGGUGAGCGAAUUUUACCUUGCCGUAAUCCCAUUUCAAUAGCAAUGUCACUUGAUACGUUCCAAAAUGCUUCGAGCCGGUUGGAGAUGAUCGGUUCAAUGUUGCUGAAGCGGGGCGUAUCUGGCUGUCGGGUGGUAACCACCGCCGAUAGUAAAACCAUCGAAGGACAUUGCUUUACACGUUGGGGCGCACAUAGCUCGAGAGCCAGCACUCCUUACUUGACGGCUAGUGCUUCGCUUGGAGUCCAGCCGGCCGAAGUAUCAGCUUUUCUCGCCAAGUUGGAUGAAGUUUUACGUAAGUAUCGCUCUAAGCACAUGGCAUCUCAGAGUUAA